CAGACAAAGCUUAUUUUACAUGGAUUUAAUUCAAUAAUACUAUUAUAUUGAGACAUACAAAGACAGGAAUUUGUUGAUUGAUUAGUGAGAAUAUAUAUUUUUUUACUACAGCACAUUUAAGGCAGUUUCAUUAAGUCAAACUAAAUCUAAAUAAAUAGCUAGCUACUGUAGGUCUAUACUGCUCCUACAUAGUGUAACAAUAUAUCAUGUGGGACGUUAAGGUAAUGCUGUUGUUACACUGGUGAGUAGAAACUCAUGCUUCCUACACUUUAACUUAAAUAUACUGUAACGACCCUGGGUUUAUAUGCGCAGAAAUCGACUCUGCCGCACGAGCAUGCGCCGGACCUCGGGCUAGAAGGUCGAGGGUUCGGGACCUGCUCCCUGCUGUUUCAUAACAAUACGUUUUACUCAACUGCGUUACCCACUCCAGUCAACAGAUGGCGGUCUGAGACUUUCAUGCGAUGCUGCUAGCGUGACGUAAAAUCUAGUGGACGGAACGCUUCUUUCAACAGCGUCAACAGUUAGUCAGCCACCUCGGUAGCUUGCUAGCCAAAAUAGCCGAACCAAUAAAGCUCUUUAGACGCUUUAGUGUAUAUUAGCCUCUGUGUUUUAUACCCACUUCUGUCGUCUAAUUAGUUAUCCGAUUUAAUGUAAUAUUUACCGUUGUUGUUGUUAUUAGUCAGCCAGCGGGCUGGUUAAAUUAGCAUUAGCCUAGCUAACUAACAUCCCCGACCAUGAGUUCACUAAGCUACUCUCCUGCUGAAGAAGAGCGUGUCUGCUGGACGGAGAAAGAGGGUCUGUGGCUAAACGUUGUCGUGAAAGAGGAGGAAGAGGAUGUCAAAAUACCAAAACAAGUAGAGGGUGAGGCUGUUACAGUGAAAGAAGAAGAGAAAGACGUUUCAGUGAAAGAAGAGGAAGACGCGUUCAGAGUGAAAGAGGAGGAGGACGUUACAGUAAAAGAAGGGGAGGAAGAGAAAGAGGAAGCUGUUUUUGGAGUGAAGGAGGAGGAGGGGGAGAUGACUGUCACAUUGGAAGAAGAAGAUGAAGAGGAGGAAACUGGAUAUCUGAGCUCGGAUUCCCAAAGGCAUGUUAAGGCAUCCUAUGGUUCUAACGAUGAACGGGCCCCUGUUAACACUAGAGAGAGAUGUGACUAUCGUGGAUCCCCUGGGGAGCCUCAACAACAUCAUGAUGCUGACAAGGCAGAGAAGAGUCUCUCCAGAUCAGAACACCUCAAAAAACACCAGCAGAGACCCAGAGGGAAGAAAUCUCACUGCUGCUCUGACUGUGGGAAACAUUUCAAAUUUUCAUCAGAACUUAAAUUACACCAGAGAACACACACAGGAGAGAAACCUUAUAGCUGUACUCAAUGUGGGAAGAAUUUUACUCAGUCAAGCAGCCUGAUAGUGCACCAGAGAACACACACAGGAGAGAAAAGUUAUAGCUGUACUCAAUGUGGGAAGAGUUUUACUUCAUCUGGCUAUCUGAAAAUACACCAGAGAGCACACACAGGAGAGAAACCAUUUAGCUGUACUCAAUGUGAGAAGAGUUUUACUACAUCUGGCUAUCUGAAAAUACACCAGAGAGCACACACAGGGGAGAAACGCUAUAGUUGUAAUCAAUGUGGGAAGUGUUUUACUCAGUCAAAGGGCCUGGUAGUACAUCGGAGAACACACACAGGAGAGAAACGUUAUAGCUGUGCUCAAUGUGGGAGGAGUUUUACUCAGUCAGGCAACCUGAAAUCACACCAGAGAACACACACUGGAGAGAAACCUUUUAGCUGUGAUCAAUGUGGGAAAAGUUUUAUCAUAUCUGGCGAUCUGAAGAUACAUCAGAGAACCCACACAGGAGAGAAACCUUAUAGCUGUAAUCAAUGUGGGAAGAGUUUUGCUACAUCUCGCUAUCUGAAGAUACACCAGAGAACACACACGGGAGAGAAACCGUAUAGCUGUAAUCAAUGUGGGAAGAGUUUUGCUGCGUCUAGCUAUCUGAAGAUACACCAGAGAACACACACACAGGAGAGAAACCAUGUAUCUGUACUCAAUGUUUGAAGAGUUUUACUCAAACAGCCUGAUAGCGCACCAGAGAACACACACAGGAGAGAAAAAACCUUAUAGCUGCGAUCAAUGUGACAAGAUACUCUGAUUAAAGAUCUCUGAUCAAACAUCAGAAAAUGCAUACAUGAAGGAGUUGUUUCAUGAAUCAGUGAAAUAAUGUCACAAUGUAGAAUGUUUUAACAUUGUAGAAUAAGUAUUUUAAUGAUGUCACAAUGUAGACCAGGCUCUGAAUUGAAAGAGUACUAUUAAUGAGAUUUAACAAAAAAGAUCUGUAUUACUUACCGCGUUGGCGACCCAUUUUAAUCAAAAUGUAUCUAGCUGUUUUCUACAAAUUGUCCUCUAACCAGGGAUGGACACAUUAUUCCCAGAUUCUGUGUGGUUUUUGAGCUGUUAGUUUUAACAGGACUCGGCACAACUUAUUUCAACAGGAUAUCGAUGAGUGAUGACAAAUAAGUGUUUUCUCUUUGUUUAGCGACCCCUACAUUUAAAUGCAUCACUCCAAAAUGUAGCUGACUGUCUUCUGCAGGUUGUCUUCUAACCAGUGAGGUAAAAGAUAUCUCCAUUUCCAUGUGUUUUUUUGUUUUGUUGUGUUAGUUUCAAGAGCAGGUUCAACCUGAUUUCCCCCCAAAUCGAUAUGCGUUGCCAUGGAGCUUAAUUUAUUUUCACUGCACAUUUUUCCCUAUUGAGAUGAGUUUUGUUUGAGCUCGUUCCAAGGGAAAGAGAGUUCUAGAAGCUAGUUAGUUUUAGGAUUCUAUAGAAAUUAUACGAUUGUAUAUUAUUAUUUAGAAAUACAUGUUUUUAAUUGUUCCCAGCCAGUAGACACCAUGUUUAUAUUGUAGAAGGCGAAGCAUUUUAGUUGAUUAUAUUGUGAAAUGGAAGUUGUUUUCUGUUGGUGGUGAGCAAACUUGUCCAUCAAAAAUAUAGGAUAUCUUUGUUGUCUUAAAGGGGAAGAUUUUACAGGCUUUGGUUUUUCCAUUUAUGUUUUGAGGUUGGACUUCGAGAACUCUCUUCUUCCUAAACGUAUAGCUCGUUAGCACGUAGGACGCACUGAUUGGUGUCACCUCGUUAGUCAGUAUGUGUUUCACCUGAGCUGGUCCAGGUUCUAUUUAAGAGUGUCUGGCCCAGUGCUCCAGUUGUCUUGAUGGAUGUGGAGAGUCAACACCUUUAGUUGCUCCACCUUUUUGGUGUGUUUUUUUUUUUUGCCUCUUCUUGGGCAGAUUUAGUGGGUCUCGUGGUGGGUGUCUUUUAUGUCCCAGUUGUUGUUACUAGUCAAUUAUCAGUGGACACCCCCAUAGUGUCUUUCAGAGUCACUCCUAAAAAACAAGCUUAUAUUUUGGGUUGGAUGUUGCAUCCAAUUAAUAUUUUAAUCAAUGGACUUUCCUUAGAAUGUUCAUUAGUUGUUAGUCUUCUGUUUGUUGUGUACUAAAUAUUUCUGUUUAUUUUCUUUAUUUUUUCCUGUGAAGCCAUUGUGUUGCAUCCAUGUCUGAAAUGUGCUGUAUUAAUAAAGCUUGAUUUGAUUUCAACAAAUGAA